CCGAUGAGGAUAAGGUUUGGGGAUUACCCCCAUAAACAAACUCUAACCUUCAACGAAAACUACAUCGAAUUCAGUCGAAUUCAUAUGCCUCUGCAUGGGACGAUACAAUUGAAUUGACAAUGGUGGCAACUGUAUCAACACCCGCAUUCACAUUUGCGGGCAAGGGAGUGCCCCUUGCAUGCCCAUCCCUCCAGACACAUGGAUUGUGCAUUGGAAAGUGUUCAUUACCUUCUGUUAACAAUGCCCAUCAAAAGAACAAUGCCAUAAUUUGUUCCAAUAGCAAAAUUAGAACAAUUAUUUCUCCAACUUCUGUCAGAGCGAUUGCAACAGAAGAUGGGCAACUGGCUUCAGCUGAAUCCGAUCAAAAGAUUACCAAGUACCAUUUUUUGGUUGCCAAUGCCAAGUUCAUGCUAGAUGAAGAGGAGCACUUCCAGGAGCUCAUGUCUGAGAGGCUGAGGAUGUAUGGGGAGCGUAACAAGGAAGUUGAUUUUUGGCUUGUGAUAGAGCCAAAAUUCCUGGACAAGUUUCCCAAUAUAACCAAGCGCUUGAGGCGACCUGCUGUGGCCCUUAUCUCAACAAAUGACACUUGGAUAAAGUUCAUGAAACUAAGGCUGGAUCGUGUUCUAGAAGGAGAAAUUGAAGCUGAAACAGCUGAGGAAGCAUUUGCAUCGAAUCCUGCAGAGCUCCAGUUUGAAAAGCCUGAAAACUGGACAGCACCAUAUCCAAAAUAUGAGUAUGGUUGGUGGAAGCGCUUUCUUCCUCCACAAAUGGAUAAAUAAUAGAAUUCGGUCGCAUCUUAGGGCUUUUUUCUGAAGGACAAGUAAAAGUGAGACCAUCUAUUGGAAAAAAAAAUGUCUUAGCUUGUGGGGUGAACGAGAACAUAGAGAGGUGAUGCUUGUAUAUAACACAAUAUAUACUCUGAUACCUCGAUCAGUUUUGUCAUGCUUAUAACUUGGUUUACAAAAUGUUUUACAAUUAUUUUUUUA